AUGGUCAACGGUUAUGAUGUAGCCUCCAAGGGGCAGGCUAUCUCAGAGCUAGGGUGGGACUUACAAAAAGUGAGACAAUCUGUGGCAAUGGAACUUCCUGUGGACCAGGCCAAGAGACAAACCAUUGUCAAGGCCAACUUGACCCUGGCAGAACAAUCCGAUGGCAUAUUAUGCAGACCUUUUGGGCAAGAAAGAUUUUGCUCUUUAUCCUCCAGCCACACAACCUGUUUCUUGCGCAGCCUAGAAGCAGGAUGUGAGGUCAUGCCUGGCAAAGCUUCAGUUGAACAGCUGGUGGCCAAGGGUGACGACCUGGGAAAAAUGAUGUUUCAAGGAUGGCAGUGGACCAUUAUCAGUUGCAAGGUUGAUGAGGAAGUCCCCAAUUUAGCAACCAUGCUACAGCAGGCAUACAACAGCGAUCUUUCCAUUGGCAAACCUCCAAGUGAGUUGGAGGUAAUGAUGACAAUAGCUCAUACAUAUGGUUUCCAAGCUGCUGGCAGCAAGGACCUCAAGAAGGCAAUUGGUCAGGCAGCUGCUAGCUGUCCACCCUGCAAGCCUUACAUAAAGACCAUCGGCGAUUUUGUUGCAAGCUAUGCAGGAGGAGAGGACUUCAAACUACUCAAGUACUUGGACUUGAUUGGACGAUCAUAUGGAGCCUCUGUGAUGCUUGGAGAAGAAUUCUGUAGCCUUGUGGCCUAUACAGACUGGAAGCUGCCAACCACAACACUGCCAUUCAUGAGAGUUGCCAUGUGUGCAGCUCAAAUCACAGCACCCAAGCAGCAGUGCAAGGAUGGAUUCUCCAGAAUGAUCACCAAAGGAGAUUUUGACAAGUUGAAGCAAAAAAAACACCUGCCUAAGUUGGAGCAGGCAGAGCAGCUGAUGUGUGCAGCCUGGGAGGCUGUGGAGAAAUCUGGCUUCCCCAUGGCAAAGACUGCCAAAGUCUUUGGCAAAUUUCAGAUACGAUUGGUCCUCCACCUCCUGGACAAGGAAGUCAAGGGAAGGGAAGGAACCAAGUAUGAAUCUUUUGAAGAUAUCAAGAACCGGUUUGAGGAUGACUUGUUGCAGGCUGACAAGGAGACUGCAGCUGUCUCUGCACCUGAAGCCAAGGCUGUGUCCUCACAAAGUGUCAAGUCUUUGAUGGAUGCCAAAGAUACACAAGCCAUUGCUUUGGCAGCGCACAAGCACAUUCAGCUGGGGAAGCUCUAUGUGCACAAGAAAGAGAAGGAGGAAACCAAGGUGUGGAAGCUCACUGGCUUCAUCGAUGGUGGUGCCAAGUUUGUCCACAAGCCCUUCUUCAGAGCAGCUGAAGAGAUCACUGUGUUGCACAGUGAUUGGAAUGAUUGGAAAGAAUACAAGAAACCUGAGCCUGAGCUGGUUUCUCAUGAAGUCAGUGGUGCUUUGCUACCUUGUUCCUCCAAGGGCUUGGAUGAUGAGAUGGCCAGAGCUCAAGCACAGUGGGAAAUCUAUGAGAAAUGCAAAGAGCUGGGCGAUCCAAGUGUUCUGGUCUCCAACCAGGGCCAAGUGUUUGCAAGUCAAAAGGUUGCCAAAGGAAAGCUAUGUUUGCUUCCAAUGGGCAGCUUGCAAUUGGUGGAGGAGAGUAAGCUCAUGAAGGGCCAAGUCUACAUAAAGUGUGGCAACUUGGGCAGCCAUCAUGUCUAUGUGAUUCAUGCCUUCAAGUGCGACUUUACCAAGGAGACUGGGAUCUUCAGCCCUUUCUGGUUUGUGAAGCAAGCUACAAAUGAUGAGGAGGGCACUAUGGCAAAGCAGAUGGUGAAGCAUGGGAGUUUGCAGAUUCCAUGUUAUGUGAACAAGAAGCAGGUGGAGAAGGGCACUCGGUUGUUUCUGGAUCCUCCAGAGCCUGACACCACUGCCUCCAAGAAAAGGAAGGUAGUGAAGUAG